AUGUCCGGCCAGUACCAGGCCAACCCACUGACAAUGUCAAGCCAACAACUGCCCAACUCCCUGGGAACGUCAGGCCAGUACCUGGCCAGCUCCCUGACAACAUCAAGGCAACGGCUGCCCGACCACGCCAGCUCUCUGAAAACGUCAAGCCAGCAACUGCCCCACUACCUGAAAACGUCAGGCCAAUACCAGGCCAACCUACUGACAAUGUCAAGCCAACAACUGCCCAACUCCCUGGGAAUGUCAGGCCAGUACCAGGCCAGCUCCCUGAGAACAUCAAGCCAACAACUGCCCAAUUCCCUGAGAACAUCAGGCCAGUACCAGGCCAGCUCCCUGACAACAUCAAGCCAGCAACUGCCCCACUGCCUGAGAACAUCAAGCCAGUACCAAGCCAGUACCAGGCCAGUACCAGGCCAGCCCUCUGACAACGUCAAGCCAACAACUGCCCAACUCCCUGGGAACGUCAGGCCAGUACCUGGCCAGCUCCAUGACAACGUCAAGCCAACAACUGCCCAACUCCCUGGAAACGUCAGGCCAGUACCAGGCCAGCCCUCUGACAACGUCAAGCCAACAACUGCCCAAUUCCCUGAGAACAUCAGGCCAGUACCAGGCCAGCCCUCUGACAACGUCAAGCCAACAACUGCCCAACUCCCUGGGAACGUCAGGCCAGUACCAGGCCAGCUCCCCGAGAACGUCAAGCCAACAACUGCCCAAUUUCCUGAGAACAUCAGGCCAGUACCAGGCCAGCCCUCUGACAACGUCAAGCCAACAACUGCCCAACUCCCUGGGAACGUCAGGCCAGUACCAGGCCAGCUCCCCGAGAAUGUCAAGCCAACAACUGCCUGA